UCUCCAUCACAGAAAGAUGUCUUGCUCCAGCCUGUGCUAUCCAGAAUGUGGGGUGGCCCGACCCAGUCCAGUUUCUGGCAGCUGCAACGAGCCGUGCGUUAGGCAGUGUCCUGACUCUGAAGUCAUCAUCAGACCAUCACCAGUUGUUGUAACCAUCCCAGGACCAAUUCUCAGCAAUUUCCCUCAGCAGAGUGAAGUGGGAGCCGUUGGAGCACCUGUGGUCGGAGCCGGCUACGGGGGCUCAUUCGGUUUGGGCGGAUUGUACGGCUAUGGAGGCCAUUACGGAGGAUUGUAUGGUUAUGGGGGAUUAGGUGGUUACGGGGGCCGUUAUGGUUACGGGGGAGGUUAUGGGGGUGGUUACGGGGGAUUGUGUGGUUACGGGGGCCGUUAUGGUUAUGGGGGGUUGAGUGGUUACGGCGGCCGUUAUGGUGGACUGUGUGGUUAUGGAGGAGGUUACGGGGGAGGUUACGGUUAUGGGGGAGCAUGCGGUUCCGGGGUAUCUUGCCAUAGGUACCUGAGUGGAAGCUGUACACCAUGUUAAACCCUGCAGGAAUAUCAAUGGUAAAAGAAAAGACCAGGAAAUGAACAACAAGCUAGAGAUUCAGAGAUUUCAGAAGUGCUGGGCAGGCAUGGCUCCACUUGAAUUCAAUGCGAACUGUGUCUGCUCAGCCCCUUUAUCUCAUAGAGCGAUUGCUAAUAUUAUGCUUAUAAACUCUUUCUGCCAAUACUUUCCCAACCACGUGCUUAUUCUCCUAGUCACACGUGGACUCGUUCUGAAUUGCACUCGGGCUGUUUUCACUAGCCCUGCAGUGUGAAGGAAACAGGGGCCUUAAGACAGGCAUCAGUUGUAUUUAUUAUCACUUUAAUUUGUUUGUACAACUCUGCACCUGCAUAAAGGAAAAAGAACAUCUUGCCUCAAAUGCAUCUCAAGGAAGCGGGUGAUCGGUCCCAGCCCUUUUGGAAAUACUUGAAAUGCAUCCUUUCUGCUCUGUAUUAUUUCUUUCUGUAACUGCAUUGCAAAUUCAUUCUCAUU